CUGAAACACUUUUGUUUGCCCUCUGUUGUACAAAGCAGACUCCUCCGAACUGGACUGUUUACUUCAAAUACAAUCACCUUUUCUUUCUCUAAAUCAAAACCCGGAAUAUACAAGAAGCACGCAUACGAAAAGGUCACCUUGCAGCGGCUUGAGUUGUUUUUUCUGAAUUAGCCAGCAAUGCCUUUUACGAGGGGAAAGAAAGCAACAGCCUCCACUGGCAGCAAAAUACCCAAACUGAAUGCAGCGUCGACUGAAAACCAGGACGAAGGCCUGCAGGUGAAGAGGUCCUCUUCUCCUCCUCAUGGAGCUCCAAAGAAGAGGACCGCUUUUAUUGACAUCACCAAUGCUCAUAAGGUCCAGCUCAGCCUUCCAGGGAGGAAGAAAGAAUCGGGAAAGAAGACGCUGAAGAAAACUUCCUCCACCUCGGUGCCAGCAAAGAAUAUAGCCAACCUAAAAAAGUCUUCGUCUGUAGGCUCCGAGGGGACGACGAGUGAGAAGGAAAAGAGUGAUGCAGAGGAGGUGAAGGAAGGAGGACCUCAGGGGGAUGUUGCAGCUCCAGUGGAGAAGCUGGAGGAUGCUUCGCCCCCUGCUGGACGGGAACUGCCUGCACAUCUUCGGAGGCAACCAAUCCCAAAGGAGUUUGACGUUGACUCUGACAACUCUGAGGACCUUUACAUGUGUCCAGAGUAUGCAAAGGAGAUCUUUGACUACCUUAAACAGAGAGAGGAAAAGUUUGUCCUCUCUGACUACAUGCCCCAGCAGCCAAGCCUAAACCCAGAGAUGAGGGCGAUCCUGGUCGACUGGCUGGUUGAAGUGCAGGAGAACUUUGAGCUGUACCACGAGACCCUCUACCUGGCUGUGAAGAUGACGGAUCACUACCUGUCGAAAGCCCCCAUCCACAAGGAGAUGCUGCAGCUUGUCGGCUCCACCACCAUGCUCAUAGCCUCCAAAUUUGAGGAGCGCAGACCACCAUGUGUCGAUGAUUUUCUUUAUAUUUGCGAUGACGCUUACAAGCGGGAGGAGCUCAUCUCCAUGGAGGCCAGCGUCCUGCAGACGCUGUCUUUUGACAUCAACAUCCCCAUCCCAUAUCGGUUUCUCAGACGCUAUGCCAAGUGUGUGAGUGCCAGCAUGGACACGCUGACUCUGGCUCGUUACUACUGCGAGCUGAGUCUCAUGGAGAUGGACCUGAUGCCGGUGAGAGGCUCACUGCUGGCCUCCGCCUGUCUGCUACUGGCUCUGGUUACCAAAGAUCUGGGAGGAUGGUCUCCCAUCCUGCAAUUCCACACCGGCUAUCAGACGUCAGACCUGGCGCCCGUCGUCAGGCGGCUUUAUCAGAUGCUUCUAGCUUCCGUCGAUGAUAAACUGACAGCUGUCAGGAACAAAUACUCUCAUAGGGUGUUUUUUGAAGUGACGUCUCUGCCGUUGGUUGACGUGGACAUUUUGGAGAAAGCUUUAUCCUGUCAGUGAAGACGUCGGGUCCUCCUUCAAACAAAGUCUGUACAUACUUUGUUUGUAAAUAUGUUUAAUAUUUAUGUGUAGUUUAGUUUUUUCUUCCAAGAAAUAUGGAAAAAAGUACAUAAUUCAUGUUCUUUAUGUGGGCAUUUAAUCUUUUUUAGUGCUAGAUUUAUCUAUUCUUUUGUUGGCCUUUGUAUUUUUAUAUAUUUUAUUUUUAUAUAAUUUUAUAAGAAGUGAAAAAUCUUCAUUAGUAUGUUGUAAGCCCCAUCCCUGUUUAGGGCAGAAAUGAAAAUGUUUUAAAGACAUGUUGGUAAAUGCUUAAUUUUACUGAUAAUUACUGACCCAGCCCACAAGUUUUCUGUGUUUUUAUACAUCAUUAAAGUUAACAGCUAUGCAUGUGCCUAUUACCACAAGUUGUACAGUGUUUAUCAUGUUAAUAUCACCAAGUAAUUAUUUGUAUAAAAGAUAACGUUACAAUGCUGCGCUGUUUUUUUGUUUUUUUUUAUGGCUGUCAUGUGUGCUCUUAAAAUAAUAAAAUUG